AGUGAAGUGGAAUGUAUGAUACGUAAGAUUCGUCCAUAUCAUGGUAUAAUAUUACUUGAAGAAUCAAUACCGUCCCCAGACUCGAACCCGUCCGUUCGCCUCAUUCUGAAGCAUUGUGAACCGGAUAAAAGUUUAAUUGGAAUAAGUAAUGCAUCUGGUUUACCGCUGGUGCAAGUGUUGCUGGUCGUAAGGCAUCUUCUACUAUGGGCCAGAGCCGUCGUUAUCUAUCCGUUGUGUAGUAGUAACGUCUAUUCAUCAGCCACUCAUCCAAAACCUCUGAAUAACUUAUCGGAAAACUUCUCGGAAUUAUUCGAGGAUGCCGAACUGGCAUCGGUACUGGCUGAAUUCUCACCACCGUGCACACUCGCUGAAUUCACGAACGCGUCGUUAUAUUCUGUGGAUCAGCAGCGUGUUCGAUUGCGAAUGGUCGCGAGACUGCUGCGUGACGAACUUAUAAUGCAGUUGCAUACGUUCUUUUAUUUGUUACCUCCUGAUGGACUUGAAUCAUUGAAAGAUGAGAAGAUCAAGGAAAUGAUUGUAUCAGCGCAAUUGACCAAUGAAAUAAAGAGUACUGUCGCAUCGAUUUGUAAUUCUCUAUUAACGAAUUCAAGCAGUGAACAGGUCGAGAGUACACUCGCCUUGUUUAUCAGAUUACUACCAUAUCUGAACGGCGAGCAUCACAUUGAAGAUAUAAUGUAUCGGAUGAAUCUCGAUCGAUCCGUAGUUGUACGUGUUCUCGACACAUUCGCAUCCGUAUUGAGCACAUUCUCAAGACCUGAAUUUAUCAUUCCGUAA